CGGUCUUACUGCAAAGAAGUAAACAAAUUUCAAAGUUUAAACAACAAAUAUGAGCUACAUACAAUUUGAGAGUGGCAGGGAAAAGGACAAGGCCCGACAGGAGCUGCGGAACGCCCGCGCCGAGAUGCUCCAGCAGGCCAAGGAGCGGGCCGAGCUCCGGGAGCAGCGGGAACGGCAAAAGGAACUGCGCGGCGAGGCCGACUGGAUGCUGCCCGCAGUGGCCAAGAAGCUGGAGAAGUCCGCUGCGCCAAAGAAGUCAAAGAAGAAGCGGGACAAGCACAAAUCAAAGUCCAAGUCCUCGAAGGUCAGAAAGUCCUCGAAGAAAAGCAAGAAACGUCACAAGAAGAGCAGCAGCAGCGAGAGCAGCGACAGUGAAGCCUCCGAUUCCAGCACCAGUUCCAGCUCAUCCGCGUCCAGUGAGGAGCAAAGGAGACGCAAGAAGAAGAAGUCCAAGUCGAAGCGAAACCGCAAAGAUGAAAGCAGUGAGGAGGAGUGGGUGGAGCGGAGUGCCCCCGUAGCGGAAAGGCCUCCCGAGGAGUCGAAAUCCCUACAACGCGACAGCUGGAUGACCAGCGAGGCCCUUGUGCUGAAAACCUUCUCCAAAGAACGCAAGGAGCCGGCCAAGCCCAACGAGAAACUGCAGCAAAUCGACGCCUACGAUCCGGCCAAAAGCGGGCGCGAGUUGAAUCCCUACUGGAAGAGCAACGGGACGGGCCUGCCUGGCUUCCAGAGGCCCCAGGCCGACGAUGACGACGACAGGCCAACCCGGAAGCAUUUGCUUCCCCCCGCACAGAGUACCGCCUCGCGCGGCUGGCGAAAAGCUACAGCCAAGGUUCCCAGUCCAGAAAGCAGAAGAAGGAGCAGAUCUCCCUCAAAAAGUGCCUCUUCAGCGGAGGAGGAGGCGGUGGAGCCGGAUGAGCCUGAAGAGAAAGCUAGCCCAGGUUGCCUCACGGACGAGCAAAUCAACGAGCUCGCCGGAAAGGCCAUCAAGGCGGAGCUCAAGGGCAAGACAGAGCUGGCAGCUGAACUAAACCAGCAGCUUGAGGCUGCCCGCAAGGCAAGGGUGGAGUUCAUUGCCUCCGGCAAAUCAAUAACGAACAGAAAGCCAUCGAAGGCCAAGAGCUCUGCUCCAGAGCAUGUGCUGCUGACCAAGACGGAUCAGAGUGGGAAUGUGCGUCCCCUGGUGCAGGCCAAGGCGACGACGGCGGCGCCCAGCGAUCCUCGCGAUUUGUACGGUGGGCGUAGGGGCCAGAAGCGCAGUAGCAGCAAGAAGGUGGACACGCACGUGGACGGACAGCGGGUGCGAUACUUUGCCGACGACGACCGCUACGACAUCAAGCAGAUGUUCGAACGGGAGAAGCAUGCCACGGCCGCCGAGUCCAACCUGCAGUACGCCGACAUUCUGUCCAAGCACAAGAAUCCCAACGACGAUCUGGAGGAUAUAUUUGCCGACAGGGUGCGGAAAAACAUUUCGGCUGGCGAUGCCGAGCAGCGGGAGCUGCAGAGCGCCAUUCGGGAGCACGAGAAGCUGGCAGCCAGUUUGGAGAACUGCGAACGCUGCUUCGACUCCGCUAAGCUGGACAAGCAGUUGCUGGUGUCAAUGGGCGAGAAGAUCUACCUCAGUUUGCCCUGGUACGUGGGCCUGCAGGGCGGUCACUGCAUUCUAACGACCCUGCAGCACGUGUCCUGCUGCACGCAGCUGGACGAGGAUGCCUGGGAGGAGCUGAGCAGCUUCCGCAAGGCACUCACCCGCAUGUUUGCCGCCCGGAACCAGGAUGUCGUCUUCUAUGAGAUCGCCAAUAAGCUUCAUCGUCGUCCCCAUGUCAGCGUCCACUGCAUUCCCAUUCCCGCCAGCAAGGGCGAGAUGGCACCUUUUUACUUCAAGAAGGCCAUCGAGGAGUCGGAGCAGGAGUGGUGCAUCAACAAGCAGCUGGUUUCGCUGCGCCAAAAAUCGCUGCGCGCGGCCAUACCCAAGGGUCUGCCCUACGUCUGGGUGCACUUUGGCAUGGACUCGGGAUUUGCGCACGUGAUCGAGGACCAAGACCGCUUCCCCGCUAACUUUGCCCAGGAAAUAAUUGGCGGAAUGCUGGAGCUAAAUCCAAAUGCUUGGCGCAAGCCGCGAAAGGAGCAAAACCCCAUUGGCAAGGUCAAGUCGUUUGCCGAGAACUGGAAGAAAUUUGACUGUACGGAGCAGUGAACUUCCUGCCCCAGGGGUUUUCCACCCUUUCUGUAAUGGAAAGCACCUUGCCCAAAGCUUUAAAACUAAAGCCAAAUCAAAAAUGCACAGAAAUAAUUGGAAAAUCUGGCUCACAUUUAUUAGUGGACACACCGCAACAAGUGGCUUGGUGGUUGGCUUCCUCUUCCUUAUCAACUAACGUGUGUGUUCAUGCACUUCAACAUUGAAUUGUGAAUGGAAUUUUGUUUGAACAUUUGCAAUACGCUUUCACAUGCCGAGUAUUUGCACGUAAAAAUGGUGUGUAAGAAGGACAUUCGCUGAAUGCACAUAGUUUCGUUCAUCUAUAUAUAUGUAUAUUUAUAUUAGGCAUGUUAACUAAACGAAAAAAAAAUCGAUUUGAUGUAUGCUAGAAUUGGA